GGCGGCGUUUCGUUCUUUGACCCCUCGCGCGGCCCGUCGCGGACGUCGCGCGCGGGAAAAUCUGAGCAGUGAUGGAGGAGGUGGAGGCCGAGGAGCAGCAAGGAUUCUCUCAUCAGCAGAGACUAAAGGCAGCAGUUCACUACACAGUUGGCUGUCUUUGCAAUGAGGUUGCCUCGGACAAAGAAAUACAGUUCAGCAAACAGACCGUUGCAGCAAUUUCAGAGCUGACCUUUCGACAGUGCGAAAUGUUUGCCAAAGACCUUGAAAUGUUUGCCAGACAUGCAAAAAGAAACACAAUCAGCACCGAUGAUGUGAAGCUCUUGGCCAGGAGGAGUAACUCACUGCUAAAAUAUAUCACAGAGAAAAAUGAAGAGAUUGCUCAGCUUAACCUAGAACGGAAGGCGAAGAAGAAAAAGCAAGCAGAGGAUGCAAACCAAAGUUCCAGGGAGCCAGCGGGCGGGGAGUGAGUCAGUCCUCACAGUCCUCAGCACUGGGAGAAGGCAGCCUUCCACAGGAGCCACCCAGACAGCGCUGCCACAGAGGCAGCUCUGGAGGGUCAGCAGAGAUGCUAAAAAAAGUGGCUGGGCAGCUUUCUGUGCUAUAUCCUCCAAGUCAUUAACUGCAAAAGCUAGUUUUGAAAGAGAGCCGGGAGUUCCAGGAAAAAUACUCCCAUGUCUUUCUCGAGCUUGCGAGAAAGACACGUUGCUUGAGUGGCAGAUCCUGUGACUUACAUUUACCGUAACUAUUGCAACCACACUAGUGAUUAAACACAAUGGACUCUUUUAGGGGAAAAUCGUAGUCCUUCAUAGUUUAUUUCCUAGGCUAAAUAACAGUCCCCGAAAGAUGAAUAAAGCUGUAUUUAUUAAG